AUUUUGUCUCCUACACACGCCUUACCUUUUUUAAUCCGGGUUUCUCAAAAAAAAUCAUUCCUUUUCUUCUCUCUCUCUCACAGACAUUUUAUCAAACAGAUGGUGCUCACUCCGAAACAGUUAACGAACUAACUAGCCCUAGGGGACUAGCUUGGUUUUUCUCCGAUUAAAAAGGAGGAAAAAACGAAAACAAGGGCCUUAGCUGAGUGAUGUGAGAGCGAGAGAAAACAUGGAAAGAGUUGAGCUAGAACUAGAGAGAAGAAGCAAGUUCUUGAACAGCCUGAUACAGAAAAAGAAAGCUAAAGAGCAUCAGGAUCAGAAAGAAGAGUUCAAUGUUAGAGUUCGGGCUUCGGAUAUGCCUCUGGCUCUGCAGAACAGAGCCUUCAGUUUGUCGCGUGAGCUCUUGAAUGCCACUCCUGGAAAAGCCGACAACAAACGACUCGCUCUCGCUCUAAAAAAGGACUUCGAUUCUGCGUAUGGACCGGCAUGGCACUGCAUUGUUGGGACCAGCUUUGGUUCGUACGUGACUCAUUCCAUUGGAGGAUUCAUAUAUUUCCAGAUCGACAAGGUUUAUGUUCUUCUAUUCAAGACUGCAGUGGAACCCUUAGAUCACCAAUGAGAAAGUUGAUCCAUCUAAAAACGGAGCGAGGAUCUUCAAUUUGUCCCUGUCCCUCCCUUUCGAUUUCUCUGUGCCUGUAUUCACGCUAUUUAUUUAGACUUGGAUAAGUUAAUCUCCUAGACAAAAUCUAGGUUUAUGACUUAUAUUGUGUAAAUUACAAAUGAAUUGUUUCGACUUUGUAUCCUCUCUUUUUCUUUGUUAAUUUUUGUGUGAUUAUUUU